AUGACCAAUGAAACAUUUGUGACUGAAUUCCUCCUACUUGGACUCGCCAGGAGCCUGACGAUCCGACUCUUGUUGUUUGGACUUUUCUCUACAGCCUAUGCCAUCACUCUAGCAGGCAAUGCCAUUAUAUUGAUGCUCAUCUGCCUGGACUCACGACUGCACACACCCAUGUAUUUCUUCCUGAGCAACCUUGCCUGCGUGGACAUUUGCUACACUUCCAGCACAGUCCCUCAGAUGUUGGUUAACCUCCAGAGUCCAAGCAAACCCAUCUCACUGGCUAGCUGUGCUGUACAAAUGUAUGUCUUCCUGAUCUUAGCCACAACAGAAUGUUUCCUCCUUGCAGUGAUGGCAUAUGAUAGGUAUGUAGCUGUAUGUCAUCCACUGCACUACACAUCUAUCAUGAACAAGCAAGUGUGCAUUAACCUGGCUGCAGCCUCCUGGACAAGUGGACUUAUCUUGCCAGUGGCACACAUGGUCCUCACCUGGCAGUUACCAUUCUGUGGGCCCAAUUUAAUUGACCAUUUUUUCUGUGAAAUCCCAGCAUUACUGAAACUGGCAUGUACUGACACUUACAUUGUUGAGAAGGUCACUUCUGUGGGAUGCAUUUUCACACUACUCAUCCCUAUCGCCUUCAUCAUCAUGACUUAUAUUUUCAUUAUUUCCUCCAUUUUGAAAAUCCAAUCUGUACAAAGUCAGCAUAAAGCUUUCUCCACAUGUGCAUCCCACAUGACUGUGGUGGCCCUUUUUUAUGGUACUGCCAUAUAUAUGUACAUGAGACCCGAAUCUAGCCAUUCCCCAGGCCAGGAUAAAAUAAUCUCUAUCUUCUAUAGCAUUGUCAUUCCUUUAUUCAACCCCAUAAUAUACAGCCUGAAGAACAAGGAUGUGAAAGGGGCUUGGAUUAAAAUUCUCCAAAGAUGCCAGCAUCCUGCCCUAUUAUGGCCCAUCAAGUCCAGUGCUGUAGCCUCUUUCUAA